GUUUUGCAAAGAGCUCAGCUGCUGCUCUCCCGUCCAAGAGGAAAUCCCAGCGCUGGACCAGAGACGCCGCCUUCUGAUGCAGAUAACUUCAACCUUGAGACCAGAGUGCAGCUUUUCCAUGCUUUUGAGGUGUGCAAGAUGCUGCUGCCAUGGAGUGACCAGAGCCCAGGUGCCAAAAGCUUGUGCACAUACAUCCCCAAAUUGCUGGUUCAGUCCCUGGCAGUGACCCAUCAUAAGUGCUUAAGAAGGUGUUUUUAUAGGGUCGCUCUCCUGAUGGUAAACAUCCACUGGCCGUUAGCUGGAAGCUGCGGUGGUGGAACAGCCAAACCCCUGUCGCCCAUGGUAACCCCUCAGCACAGCUGCUGUUCCCAGGGGUUUGCUUGCUGGCUCUUCCUGCUCCCCAGGUGCCUGCAGCUUGGAGCUCUGCCUGUGUGGAGGGGAGCUCAUCUGACACUCCUCGAAUUACCUGCGCUCCGGGGAUCAGAUUCCCUGGGCUGAGAGCUGGGGCAAUCUAUAAUUCAGCAGGGGCAGCUGCCAUUGUGGCCCCGAAAGCAGGGCAACAGGAUGCUGCGGAGAUCAGGCCGGCGAAGCAAGAAGGCAGGCGAGGAGGAGGAGGAGAAGCCCAUGGAGAACGGGGUGUCCCCGGAGCAGGGGGCCACGGAGGCCCCGCCUGAAGUGGGGAAAGCUGGGGAUGGUGCCCCCGCUGCCUUCUCGCAGCCAUCCCCGCGGAUCCGGCCCAGGCUGGUCUUCCACACACAGCUGGCCCACGGCAGCCCCACGGGCAAGAUCGAGGGCUUCACCAAUGUGAAGGAGUUGUAUGCCAAAAUCGCUGAGGUCUUCGACAUCUCCCCCACUGAGAUCCUCUUCUGCACCCUCAACACCCACAAGGUGGACAUGCAGAAGCUGCUGGGGGGCCAGAUCGGCCUGGAGGAUUUCAUCUUCGCACAUGUGCGGGGCGAGACCAAGGAGGUGGAAGUGACCAAGACGGAGGAUGCACUGGGGCUGACCAUCACCGACAACGGGGCGGGCUACGCUUUCAUCAAGAGGAUCAAGGACGGGAGCGUCAUGAACUGUGUCCAGACUGUGUGCGUGGGCGACAGCAUCGAGGCCAUCAACGACCAGAGCAUCGUGGGCUGCCGCCACUAUGAUGUUGCCAAGAUGCUGCGGGACCUACCCAGGGCCCAGCCCUUCACCCUGCGGCUGGUGCAGCCCAAAAGGGCCUUUGAUAUGAUCGGGCAGAGGACCAAGAGCAGCAAGUGCCCAGGCGAGGGCAAGGUGGCGAGUGGCAAGGAGACCCUGCGGCUGCGUGCCCGGGGCACCGCCAGACUGGAGGAUGUGCCCAGCGCCUGGGAGAAGGAGGCUGCCCGGAGGGUGGACGACCUGCUGGAGAGCUACAUGGGCAUCCGGGAUGUGGAGCUGGCCUCAACCAUGGUGGAGGUGGCCCGGGAGUGCCUGAGCCCCGCGGAGUUUGCCAAGAGCCUGGACUCGGUGCUGGGCGAGUUCGCGUUCCCGGGCGAGUUCGUGGCCGAGGUCUGGGCAGCCAUCCAUGGAGCCCAGGGGGGCAGGAAAUAGGGGAGCGGGCAGAGCACUUGGCCUGUGACGUCUGCCCCCUGGCCAUGGGCUCCCUCCUGCCCCAGCGGCAGCCCCCCGUCUUCCUGCUCCGGAGGGGAGCCCUGCGGUGCCCGCACUGGCUGGCUGGGCCCAGCUCCUGCCCCAGAGAGGCCCCACGCCGAGCUGGGCAGGGACUGGCAAGGGCCCCUCCGGGAAACCCAGGGGAUCUGCCUCAGGCCCUGGUCAGAUGGGGUGGUGGGCCCGGGGCGGGAGCAGUCCCUGCAGGCCGGGGCUAGUCCAGGCCCUGGUGCCCAUCCUGGCUGUGAGCCCAAGUAAUGGCAGCUCCUCGGGGCCUUCCCUGGAGCCACUGCCCAUCGCUGCCUCCCUCCUCCGCUCUCCGCACAGCCGCCAGGGCUGGCGCUGAACCCAGGGGGCAGUUGGGGGAACCCUGGGGGGGGACGGGGACAGGCCAGGACUCAUGGGGGCACGUGGGGCUGGUGUGACUCUGACCGUUUCCUCGCCCUUUGCUCUGAUGACCCCCCCCCCCCCGCCAGCCAGCGGGUGAGAGGGGCGGAGGCCCGCUCUGGGGGCGAGGGAGACAGGGGGGCAAAGGGGCCUGGCUCUGGGGGCAGGGGCCCAUUGGGC